UGAAAAGCGACCUCAACAAAAUUUGAAAAGUUGAUUAUAGUUUAUUAGCUUUAAAAUACUCUUCUUCCAACCUCCAAAAAAAAAAAAAAGAAGAAGAAGAAAAAGAAAACCCCUUUCUUCUACCCGAAAAAAAAAUUAAAAAUAAAAAAAAUAAUUUUCGACCUUUUUGGUCCUUGACUGAGAAGCAAACCAAAACAAAUAUUAGAUAGAGAAGGUGGCAUUGGAUAUGCAUUGUAGGCGUAUUAAUUGUUAGUGAUCGCUUUUUCUUUUCUUUUUUUUUUAUUUGGCUGAAAAUUUUUUUACAAAACCAAAGCCAAAAGAAAAAAAAAAAAAAAAAAGGAAAAAGCAAGAGAAGAAAGAAAAAAAAAGAGGAAGUGGGAAAUUUGGAAUCUUUGGGGAAAUGAUAUUAAGGGUCGGGAUUAGAGAUAGGUUGUGAGGAAUUUUCAUCGUCAUCGGUUUGCUUAUAUGACCGCAAAAAAUGGGUAAGAAACAGAAACAGAAACAGAAACAGUCGUUUCGGAGUAAAGCUGCCCACUUUGUCUCCGAUCUCACCACUGUUUUCCUCAACCCCAUUUCUGACAAAUCCUCCAAGCCUUCUCCACCAAAUUCUCCUCCUCCUUCAUCACCCGAAGAUGAGACCGAGUCAAAACGAGGUCAACUUGAGUUCACUGGUGAAGAGAAAUCCGAGGAAUUAGUUGACGGUCCAGAUACUUCUUCCUUCUCUGCAUUUCUAUACUCGCUAUUGUCAUCUGCAGAGUCCGAAGAGAAUCCGAACUCAGAUGACCAAGUUGAUGAGAAAGUGGAUGAAGGUAAUACACCAUCUAAAUCUGCAAUGAAAGAGAAUGGUGGAAGGAGAAGCAUAUUUUCCAGGGGAAAGCAAACUCUUUCUAGGGCAGUGUACCAAGCUGCAAGAAUUAGUGUGUAUCGGAAUCAUGAUCAUAGGGCUGAUUUGGACUUGAAAAUUGAUGGAGACAAUGUCGAUGAUGAUAAACUUGCUGGAGUUGAAAUGGGGCAUAUGCCACGUAUCCAUAAAGUCCAAGGACCAGAUGCUUUGAUUUUGAAUCAUCUACCAGAUGUUUCUGAGCCUUCCUUCCUUCUCUCGGAGCAUACAAGAACUGCUCUUUAUGCAUCACUUCCAGCACUUGUUCAGGGAAGGAGAUGGAUGUUACUAUACAGUACAUGGAGGCAUGGCAUUUCACUUUCAACGCUCUACAGAAGGAGCAUGCUUUGGCCCGGCCCUAGCCUGCUGGUUGUUGGGGACCGCAAAGGUGCAGUUUUUGGUGGCUUGAUUGAGGCACCCCUAAGACCAACGAACAAGAAAAAAUAUCAGGGAUCAAAUGAAACAUUUGUUUUCACAGAUAGACCUGGACAUCCUGUUAUAUUUCACCCUACAGGUGCAAAUCGCUAUUUCACUUUGUGCUCACUCGACUUUCUAGCAAUUGGUGGUGGUGGUCACUUCGCGUUAUAUUUGGACAAUGAUUUGCUAAACGGGUCAAGUUCAGUCUCCGAAACCUAUGGAAACCCUUGUCUUGCAAACUCGGAAGACUUUGAGGUGAAAGAAGUUGAGUUGUGGGGUUUUGUGUACCCUUCAAAAUACGAUGAGAUACUUGCUUUAAGCCGCAUGGAAGCGCCUGGUAUAUGCCGGUGGUGAAUGCUCUCACGACUGACGUUUCCACUUUUCCACUUUGAUGAUUGUUGCGACCAUCACCUUGCAACUCUGGCAGCUGAAACGUUACUAUGAAUUGGUGGAUGCUUGAUGAUGCUGACAAAAUAAUGAAUGAAAACUGGUUUUUGUGCAUAUCGACGGCUUGUUAAAGCUAUGACCACUCUGUAAAUAUUACAAAGAUCUUAUACCAUGUUUUGUACAGACGAUAUUGGUUUUGACUUUUGUAGAAUGUAUACCGGUUAAUAAUAGUUUUUUACAUGGAACUUUGCAAACGUAA